AUGUCUUCGAGCAGUUCAAGUGAAGAAGAUGAGCCCACCAAUUCCAGGGAAAAUCUCAUGACUGUCCAUGAGCUUGGUGAAAGGGAACUUGAAACUGUCAACAGGCAGAUGACUGGCGAAAUAUUCAGGCUGGCUGGAAGAAACCCAACGGACCACGCGAGCUGCUUCCGCGCCUGUGUUCAGAUGGUGAAUGAUACAGACGUCAUUCAUGCCACCGACUUCAAGGAAUGGGAGAAACAUAGCUACGACCAGGUUGGCCUUGAUAGCCUUCAGUCCGCGCAGGGCGCGGAUGAUCGAUAUGACCCAGAGGACCCAGAUACCCCAGGAACCGUUUGGAUGAUGAAUGCUCCCGUGGCCGUCGCAGCUGCAGCGGCACUCAAUUUACCACGGAUACACAUUCAAAAGGACAGUCGACUCAUAUGUGCUUUCAACGAGAGCGAGCUCUGGGGUUGGAUCGGAGGUGCCAUUGACUUUUGGUCGUCACUGUCAGGUCCAAUCGUUUCUACCCUCCCUCGUGGAGCGAUCGUCCACCUCUUGCAUGUUGCAGAGAUGAUAGACGACAGCGACCAGGGUCAGCCUACUGCCUACCCAUUGCAGUCCAUUACACUGCCACUAUUCAUCCAUUUGCGCAUCUCACAAGCGGAAAUCCCGGCCCAGGGAGAGCACUGGCUUCAGAAGCGGACGUUCUCGGAGGUCUAUGUCACUCGUCGGGAAGAGGUCAUGCAGGAAGGGUACACGAUGGUGUUGGCGAAGCUUGGGAGUCAACACCAUGACCAAGCCGCCCUUGCAGAGCCAAUAAAUGGGUGGCUGACUGAGGAUUUCAUUCGCGUUCUCCCAAAGGAUGUCAAGGAUAAACUCUGGACAUGGUCACUUCAACACCACUCACAGUGGCAGACCAAUAUUGCCCAAGCCACUGAAGAUCUAACCGAGUGCUACGACUUUGUCCGAACUCGAGAGGUUUUUGCGCGACUGGCAUCUUCCGACCUCCAGCAAUUCUUGAAUCAUGGACGAUGCCUUGUUGAGGCUCUUGACGAUAAAGUGUCAAGAAACAUUUUGGAGAAGCUCGCUAAGAAGAUGCGGACUCGCUUUUCCCUUGAAGCCCCUGAGUUCUGCUAUGUGGCCAGCGAGUGGAGAGAGAUGAAUAAAAGGUUGAUACAGAACCUCUCACUUGUUGGAUCACGCACGGAGACCCCUGGGAAGUUAUUCAUGGGCCCCAAGGGUCAAGAUGACAGAGACGCCCUGGCCAGGAUCAUCCAGCAGGUUGCUGACGCAAGCAUCUGUGGGUCUCCAAAGUGCCCGGUACUGGUUGAUGCUUAG